AUACCAGUAGGUGGCGGUAAUGCUCCUGGACGUUGUUUGCCAACCGCUAAUAAAAAACCUUAGAAGAAGAAGAAGGACACUCCUCCACAGUUGCCAGGUGGCGGCGUGGUGGCAGUAGUGAGCCAUUUUGCCGUAUUCCGUUUCAUCAACGAAGAAGACCGACGUUAUUUGAGGAAAUGUGUGUUUGUGUUUUUGUUUUGUUUUCUUAAGCAAAAAUGUGAUUUAUAUGAACACCGAGCCUGCCCAGUAGCCAUCAGACUAUGGCUGAAUUACAGGAACGAGGACAGGAAAAGUCCGACUGCGACUAAUGACUCAGCCUUAACCCUUCCCAGCUUGCCUUUUACCCACAGAGCAGAGGACAAGAUGCUGCUGAAGAUGCCCCAGAAGCUGCUGAAGUCUGCCCACCACAUAGAGCUGGGCAGCUAUCAUCACUGGCCUGUUUUGAUACCACACAGGAUAAGACUGUACACCUAUGAACAAAUCCCCCUCUUUCUGAAAGAGAACCCCUACAUCACAGAUGGCUACAGGGCUCACCUGCCCUCCAAGCUCUGCCUGAGGAGUAUUUUUAUUCUCUCCAAUGAGACUGUGAAUAUCUGGAGCCACCUUCUGGGUUUCCUGCUCUUCUUCUCUCUGGGGGUAAAUGAUCUCUCCUCAGUAUUGCCAGCCUCCGGCGCUAAGAGAGAGGACUACGUCAUCUAUGCCAUAGGACUGUUCUGUUUCCAGGUGUGCAUGUUGUGUUCUGUUGGGUAUCACCUCUUCGCCUGCCACCGAUCAGAAAAGACGAGCCGGCGCUGGCUGGCGUUGGACUAUGCUGGCAUCUCUGUUGGCAUCCUGGGAUGUUAUGUGCCUGGGCUAUUCUAUGCUUUCUACUGUAAUGCUUUUUGGCGACAGGUGUACCUGCUGACGGUGUUGUCCCUGAUCCUGGCCGUCUUCUGCGCCCAGGUCCACCCUCGUUACCUCAGCAACGACUGGCGGAGGAUACGGGUGACAAUCUUCUGCUGUGUGGCUGGCAUCAGUGUGAUUCCUGCGUGUCACUGGGUUUGGCUCAAUGGAGGAUUAUCCACUGAUGUUGUACAGCUGUUCCUGCCUCGUGUGAUCGUGAUGUAUAUGAUAGCUGGAUCUGCCUUUUUGUUCUACGUCACCAAGAUCCCUGAGCGCUAUUUCCCUGGCCAGAUGAACUAUCUGGGUGCAAGCCACCAGUUGUGGCACGUUCUGGUGGUGUUGAUGUUUUACUGGUGGCAUCAGACAGCCGUACACAUCAUGCGCUUCAGGCACAGCCGGGCCUGCCCAAUCCAGACCAACAGCAGCAGCUAAGUUUAACUAACAAAUUAAGAAACGGAAAGGCAAUCAGUAACUAGCCAGAACAUGUACGUAGAUAUCAGUUCAGAUCACUACCUUAAUAUUCCAAUAGCGGUUGGCUGCUAUUUAAAGAUUCUUAACCACUAACUAAUAAGAUGUUUAUCCGGAAGCCACUGUCUUUACCACUCAGCUGUUUUUACAGCACUUACCCUGGCCAGCUGUUAAAGGCCAGUAUCUUUUCCAUGUCAGCCAAGAGAAGCCUCAGAGCUUCUCAAACCCUCAAAAGCAUAAGCUGAACCUCUCUCAAGGGUUUGAGACCAAGUUAACCCCCUAUGUUCAGCAUAUCGACUGUGAAAUGUUCAAUAUUGCACCAUAACUACUAUAAGAAAUGCAUGAGGAUGGAGUUUAUUAGUAGAAACCAGCUAAGGUUUUUUUUGUGUAGAUUGGUGAUCAUGUCAUUUCAAUGAAACAGCAUAGCCUUUUCGAACAAUGAAUUUUCUUUACUUUUAAUUUAGUUUCAUCCACACACUAUGAUUGUUUACUUUGUCUGGAGGUGUUGGAAAGCACAGAACAGAAAUAUUAGAAUGGGAGAUUAAACCUUCAGAUGCUAUGAAUUGCCUGUCUGAUAGGGAGUGUUACAAACCUUCUUUUUUUUAAGCAUUAGAACAAAUGGUUUAGGGGUCGAUCAGCAACCUGCCUUAAAUAAGAUACAGAAUCCUAUUUAGGCUAAGCUGCAUGUUUUUUUGUGUGUUUUUUUUUCUGCUGUGAGUUCAGUUUUGUCUUUGCUACAAAAGAGGUGGCUGUUUAAAAAAGAAAUCCCUUAAUUACUCUU